AUGCCCCGUCCAACCUCUCGAAAAGAAAUCCUCUCCCGACUAAGACAGGUCAUUGCCGAUGGCGGAAUCAUUGUCGGCGCGGGGGCAGGAAUCGGCCUCUCCGCCAAAUCCGUCGAACAAGGCGGCUGCGACCUGAUCAUCAUCUACAACUCGGGCCGGUUCCGCAUGGCGGGGAGAGGGUCGCUGGCGGGACUGAUGCCGUAUAGUGAUGCUAAUGCGGUGGUUGUUGAGAUGGUAUUAUCCCCCAGACUACACAGACAUAUAUAUCUACUACUGUAUACUGCCCACGAAAUCCUCCCCAUCGUGCAAAACACCCCCGUCCUCGCCGGCGUCUGCGGCACCGACCCCUUCCGCGACAUGUCGACGUUCCUGGCCCAGCUGAAAGAUCUCGGCUUCGCGGGCGUGCAGAACUUCCCCACCGUCGGGCUCAUCGACGGCAAGUUCCGGCAGAACCUCGAAGAGACGGGUAUGGGGUUCGACCUCGAGGUCGAGAUGAUUCGGCUUGCGGCCCAGCGCGGAGAUCUGCUCACGGCGCCGUACGUGUUUACCGUCGAGGAGGCGGAGAAGAUGACCCGUGCGGGAGCGGAUAUCCUCGUCGCGCAUGUCGGGCUCACUACCAAGGGGAGUAUUGGGGCUGAGACGGCGAUCACUCUCGAUGAUAGUGUUCGCAUCAUCCAGGAUAUCCGCGAUGCGGCGGUCAAGAUCAAUCCGGAGAUUAUUGUCUUGUGCCACGGGGGCCCGAUUGCUGAGCCUAAGGAUGCUGAGUAUGUGCUCAAUAGGACCAAAGGCGUACAUGGCUUCUUCGGUGCUAGUAGUAUGGAGAGGUUGCCUGUUGAGGUUGCCAUUAAGGAGAAUGCGGAGGCCUUUAAGCGGUUGAGGAUUGCGAAUAAGACGUAA